CAGGCUCUGAGCUGUCAGCACAGAGCCCGUCGUGGGGCUCGAACUCACGGACUGCGAGAUCAUGACCCAAGCCGAAGUCGGCCGCUUAACCGACUGAGCCACCCAGGUGCCCCUGUGGGCAGCUUUUAAGCAAAGCUUGUUCUCAGGGCACCAUCUUGACCAAGAACCUACCUUCAGGGCAUACUCUAAUAAUGCAGCCAGGACUCAUCAACUGGAUCCCAAAUCAGUACUUUCCAAAAGAGACUCACCUGGGAACUGGUCCCAAAUAUAAAUAUGGUGAAGAGAGAGAGAGAGAGAGAAAGAAAAGGAACAGUACCCCAGCAUCCCGGUCAGCAGGCUCAUCUAUGACUCACCUGUAGACAAAGAGAAAAUAAAUAUGGACUUUAGGCACCAAAAAGUCUGGUGACUGUGCACUCAAAGUAAGAAAAGUAGGCCCCCUCCCACCCCCCACCCCCACCCCCCCCCGCCAAUCCAGCUUUUGGAUUGUUUUUAAAAGGACAUGAAACCCAGGCUUGGGUCACAUGCACUGUUGGAAAAGUCCUUCCCUACUGGAUUGUGCCAUGUGACCCUGAGGUCCCUUUCUCACUUUUGUUCUCCCUUGGCCACAGCUGGUUAUAGCUGAGGCAGGGGGUCGCCCAGGGCAGUAAAGCAGACUGGCUGCGAUGAAGAUGCAGGGAUCCAUGCUGCCUUCUCACCAUGCACUUCCCCUCCAAGGACAGCCUGCUGCAGUGGAGCUGCUCCAGAUCCUUAACACAACUGGCUCAAAGGCACAGAACAGGGAAGGAAAGGUGGGUGGCAUGACCAGCAAGGGGGACGGAUGCUAUGUGGCCCCACCAUUCAAGCACAUUGUUCCCAAUAGUCUGACCAGGCAGGACCCUUUUUUGGGGGUGUGUCUAGGCAGCAGUGUAUUUUUCUCCUGCACAUUCUUGGGAGGCCUUCCAAGGGAAGGGAUGCAGCUGGGCGUGCUCCUGUCAGAGAGGAUGGUCAGUUUAAUCAGAGAGAACCCCUUAUCCUGCAGGCCCUAGAUUUUCUUUCUCUUGGUGUCGGCCUUGCUGGCCUACCAUGUGUUUCUGGCCCGUAGAAACAUCCCACUGGAGUCAGCAUCCAUGUGGGGGUCCCAGAGCAUCUUAUACCUUUCUGUAGUUGGUAGGGAUGACCAUGGAAUGGCUCCAGGAAAAAGCUGUCAUUCCUGCAUCUAGUUGCAGACUCCUAAGAGUGAUCCCAAGGCUCAGGCAGGCCUGACUCUGAGACUCCUAGGCAACUAUGAGUUUGGGAAGUGGCCAUGUUGUUUCUUUGUAAAGGUCACUUUAUGAAUUAUGUGGUUGUCUGAGCUCUUAGAUUAAUCUGCCUUGCCAUGCUGAUUGGAUUUCAGAUACUAAAGCUCAUUCUUUCAGAGCUUUGUCCCUUUAAUAAGACACACCUGUCUGCUUUGGGAACACUGUAAAUUAUGGCAUAGCUGUAGGGCUUGGUUUGGCAGGUUGGACAUAAGGAUCAUUUGUAGGUUGUUCUGCAGAAAACCCCACCUGCUCCAUGAUUUUACCAGGACAAGUAGCUGAAGAUCACUUGGGAAAGUCAUGUGAGCUUUCUCUCAGCCAAGAUGAGUUGAAACCAUUAUUCUGGAGCCCCUAUGGAAGGCCUUUGAGAGAGGUCACCUUGGGAUAGGCUGAAGGAUAACAGAUAGCCUGUCCAUCAGGAGGAGUUGGUCCUCUGACUCCUGGGAGGCAGCCUGUCUUGUAUUCUCAGGGUGCUAUGGAUGGAGCCUGUAAAUGUAGGAUUAGGAACUGGAUGCAAGGCCAGGUAGCCCAGACCAGUGCCCAGUGCGGUGCCGGAACUCUCUGUUCCCUUUCCACAUGUCCACUCUAUCUCUGAGGGCUGAGCCUUGCACAGUCCAAGCUUGCCAGCUAAAAGCUCUGUUACUGUUUUUAUUGCACAGGCCUGGAGCCUCUGCAGUGGGGUUGAGCACAGCUUCCAGGGCCUCAUUUCUUCAGCCUGAAAUCAUAAACCACUCACUGCUUUUGCCGUCAUUCCCUGGAGGUACCAGUAAGUGUUUGAUACCAGUGUGAUCCUCAGAUGAGGAACUGGCCUUUAGGACUGUUUGCCCAUAUCCUGAUCUUACGAGCAGGUGGUAGACUUGCACUUUCUCCCCAGAUUUGCUUCGGCCAGCAAAAUGUGACCAGAAGUGUUCUACUUCUAAGCAGAGGUCCUUAGGAGCCAGUGUGUGAUUUUCCACACCGUUCCCUUUGCCAGGAGUGACUGGUGGUGUCCCAGAGAAUGGAGGCUCUGUCAGCCUGCGUUCCAUGUUAGGGCACUAUGGUGUAGAACCCUCACCAACAAAUGUGCAACAUGAAAUGUGACUGAGAAAUAAACCUUUGAUGUUUGAAGCCACUGAGAUUUGGGGUUGUUGCCACAGCAUAACUUAGUUUAUCCUGACCACUACAACCACAGUAGAGACUGUGUCUAAGAAGCCUCAGCUGCACCCAGCACAGACCCAGACAUUUAUUGAGCACCCACUAGGAGCUGGGUGUUCUGUCAGGACAGGGCUAAAUUGCCAACACUAGGACAGAUUAACACAUGUGUGCAGAAGAAGGAACAAUUCAUUCUUUAUGUAAGUGACAUUAAGCUAAACCUUGGAGAGUUUCAGUCCAUCAAUACCAACAGCAGUUAACAUUUUUUGAGCUAUGUAGUAGGAGCUAACCUAUACUUGUUUGGACCUAUUUGAUCUAUAUGGUGACCCUAGAAAGUGGGUACUAUUAUCUUCAUUUCUCAGAUGAAGAAACCGAGACACAAGUAACCUACCUAAGAUCAGAACUCUAAGAUUCAACCCCAGAGCCCAUUUUCUUUAGCAUUCGAGGCUGAGAGAGCAGGUGUAUUCACAUGAAAGUGACCGGCAUGAGCAGGGUGUGAUGAACUGUCUGGUGUAACUUGGUCACAGGGCUUAUGAAAGGGUGUGAUAGAACUUGUGGCUGGACGUGUUGGCCAAACUGUGAAGGGUCCUAGAUGCCAGACUGAGUGGUUUAGACUUUCUUCUGUGGGCAGCAGAGUGGAGGACAGACUUCAUGAGCUUUAGGAGUGUAACUGUCAGCCAUGGGGACUUUAGAGUGGAGAAUGGGUGUUACGGGAGGUGGGGGCCCAAUUGGAGGGGCCUAGAAAACAGCUUGUGAGAGACGGUAGGCCUGAACCAACAUGGGGGCAGAGCCUGCCACACAUACCCUUCUUUUGGCCCUUGACUAUGACUAGAUGCAUAUAAUGUUUAUGUGGCUUUCAUGUUCUUUAUUCUUCCCAACUGACUGAAAGCUGCUUGAGGGCAGGCUUCCUCUUAGGUGUUCUCUGCCCUGCCCUUCUCCUUAAUCUUGGGCUGAUGCCCAUGUUUGAAUGUCCUUCUCCCAGGGAAGAACACAAUACCUUGUCCAAGGCCCAGCUCAGAUGCUAUCUUCCUGCUACACAGUCUCCCUGGAAGCAUAUCUGUGACUGGAUUAUAAUUGCAGCUGGCAUCUGGGACCCAACUCAGUGUUUGCUGUUGGCAUGGCCUGUUGGCUCCUGGCUUGUGCCUGUUACAGCAUGCCCCACCCAGUAAAGCGUCAGAGAGAGCCUAGCAGUUUUUCCUCAUGUGUCCUGGCCUUCUUGAGGUCAGAGACCAUCUUAUUCAUCCUACUCACUUGCUGUGGUUUGCUAGUGCUUGGUGGGGCUUCAGGGUAGAGGGUGGUUUGCACUUGACCUCUCAGCCACGAUUAGAUGGACAGAUAGCCCAUCUUUGAAAUUGAGAGAUUCUGGGUUUAGAGAUGUUCACUGUGUGACUCAUGAAACAUUAAGCAAAUCUUGUUUUUUUUUCAUUAAAAAACAAUUAGUCACAACCUCGAGCUAAUGGCCGGAGAUAGCUCAACAAUCAGCAGAUGCGGUUCUCUUCUGAAAUAAUGAUGAUGAGAACAAUAACCCCUCAUGCUUGCCUAGAGCUUUACCAGCUCACAGAGACCAUUCAUUCACAUCCAGUAUUCUUAUUAAUCCCAGAAAAGCCUCAUAAAGCAGGCAGGGCAGGUGCCUUCACCCGUUUUGGGGAUAAGGACCCAGAGCUUCAGCUAUCAGCCCAAAUUUAUGGAGCGGGUGUCUGCUGGGCCCGUCUGGGUCUCCUCUCCUGCCUCUAUUCUCUGCCCAUGCAUCUGACCCUCCAAUCUCUUCUCUCUCUUGUUGCCAGUACCCGCCCUGGGUCCCAGCUCUGCAGAGAGGGGCUCAACUGUUGGGUGCUGAGUGGAUGCCUCAUCCCUCCCCAGCUUAGAUGGCCAGCUCCAUCCACUUCUGGAGUGCGCUGUCCCCUCUCACAGAGCCCUGCCCUCCCUGGGAACUGACUCAGCCCAUCCCUGCCAGCGCUGAGUGACCACGGCCCAGGGAGGGGCCACGGACCCUCACAGAGGCAACUCUUCUCCCCACACCAGUCCAGCUCUCCCUUCAAGUAACGAAGUCUUGGAGCUCGCCGGCACCUGCUGUGUCCGGGGUGCGCUACAUCUAGCUGGCUGCCUCUCAGGCCACAACGGAUCUGACAAGGAUGAAGAAAUGGGGGAGCUCAGACUCAGGGGAGUCUGAGGAGCCACCCCAAGAGGACUCCUGCUCAGACCCCUUGGAUGGAGACCCUAACUCCAGGCCAGCUCCAGCCAAACCCCACAUCUUCCCCACGGCCAAGAGCCGCAGUCGGCUUUUUGGGAAAUGCGACUCGGAGGAAGCUUCUCCUAUGGACUGCUCUUACGAGGAAGGCCAGCUAGCCUCCUGCCCAGCCAUCACCGUCAGCCCUGUUGUCAUCAUCCAGAAGCAUGAGGAUGGCCCCACCUGUGACAGGCAGUCUUCCCAGGACUCUGCUCCUGCUGGGUCUGAGAAGAACCUCAAGCUGUAUGAUCGCAGGAAGAUCUUUGAAGCCGUCGCUCAGAAUAACUGUGAGGAGCUGCAGAGUCUGCUGCUCUUCCUGCAGAAGAGCCAGAAGCACCUCAUGGACAGCGAGUUCAAAGACCCAGAGACUGGGAAGACCUGUCUGCUGAAAGCCAUGCUCAACCUGCACGAUGGGCAGAAUGAUACCAUUCCCCUGCUCCUGGAGAUUGCCCGGCAGACGGACAGCCUGAAGGAGUUUGUCAACGCCAGUUACACAGACAGCUACUACAAGGGCCAGACGGCCCUGCACAUUGCCAUUGAGAGGCGGAACAUGGCACUAGUGACCCUCCUAGUGGAGAACGGGGCAGACGUCCAGGCUGCAGCCAACGGGGACUUCUUUAAGAAAACCAAAGGGCGGCCCGGCUUCUACUUUGGUGAGCUGCCCCUCUCCUUGGCUGCAUGUACCAACCAGCUGGGCAUCGUGAAGUUCCUGCUGCAGAACUCUUGGCAGCCAGCAGACAUCAGUGCCCGGGACUCGGUGGGCAACACAGUGCUGCAUGCGCUGGUGGAGGUGGCCGACAACACAGCCGACAACACUAAGUUUGUGACGAGCAUGUACAAUGAGAUUCUGAUCCUGGGGGCCAAGCUCCACCCUACACUGAAGCUGGAGGAGCUCACCAACAAGAAGGGGCUGACGCCACUGGCUCUGGCUGCCAGGAGUGGGAAGAUUGGGGUCUUGGCCUAUAUUCUUCAGAGGGAGAUCCAGGAGCCCGAGUGCAGGCACCUGUCCAGGAAGUUCACCGAGUGGGCCUACGGGCCUGUGCACUCCUCACUCUACGACCUGUCCUGCGUCGACACUUGCGAGAAGAACUCAGUGCUAGAAGUGAUCGCCUACAGCAGCAGUGACACCCCCAAUCGCCACGACAUGCUUUUGGUGGAACCGCUGAACCGACUCCUGCAGGACAAGUGGGACAGAUUUGUCAAGCGCAUCUUCUACUUCAACUUCUUCGUCUACUGCUUGUAUAUGAUCAUCUUCACCACAGCAGCCUACUACAGGCCUGUGGAUGGCUUGCCUCCCUAUAAGCUGAAACACACUGUUGGGGACUAUUUCCGAGUCACUGGCGAGAUUCUUUCUGUAUCAGGAGGAGUCUACUUUUUUUUCCGAGGGAUUCAAUAUUUCCUGCAGAGGCGGCCAUCUCUGAAGACCUUGUUUGUGGACAGCUACAGUGAGAUGCUUUUCUUUGUGCAGUCACUGUUCAUGCUGGGGACCGUGGUGCUGUACUUCUGCCACCACAAGGAGUACGUGGCCUCCAUGGUGUUCUCCCUGGCCAUGGGCUGGACCAACAUGCUCUACUACACCCGCGGCUUCCAGCAGAUGGGCAUCUAUGCUGUUAUGAUUGAGAAGAUGAUCCUGAGAGACCUGUGUCGCUUCAUGUUUGUCUACCUUGUUUUCUUGUUCGGGUUUUCCACAGCGGUGGUGACACUGAUUGAGGAUGGGAAGAAUAAUUCUGUGCCGGCUGAGUCCACAUCGCACAGGUGGCGAGGGCCUGGCUGCCGGCCACCCGACAGCUCCUACAACAGCCUGUACUCCACGUGUCUGGAGCUCUUCAAGUUCACCAUUGGUAUGGGCGACCUGGAGUUCACCGAGAACUAUGACUUCAAGGCUGUCUUCAUCAUCUUGCUGCUGGCCUACGUGAUUCUCACCUAUAUCCUCCUGCUCAACAUGCUCAUCGCCCUCAUGGGUGAGACCGUCAACAAGAUCGCGCAGGAGAGCAAAAACAUCUGGAAGCUACAGAGAGCCAUCACCAUCCUGGACACGGAGAAGAGCUUCCUUAAGUGUAUGAGGAAGGCCUUCCGCUCAGGCAAGCUGUUGCAAGUGGGGUACACACCUGAUGGCAAGGAUGACUACAGGUGGUGUUUCAGGGUGGAUGAGGUCAACUGGACCACCUGGAACACCAAUGUGGGCAUCAUCAAUGAAGACCCGGGCAACUGUGAGGGCAUCAAGCGCACCCUGAGCUUCUCUCUGCGCUCAGGCAGAGUUUCAGGAAGAAACUGGAAGAAUUUUGCCCUGGUUCCCCUCUUAAGAGACACAAGUACAAGAGAAAGGCACCCUGGCCAGCCGGAGGAGGUUCAUCUGAGGCACUUUGCAGGUUCCCUCAAGCCAGAAGAUGCUGAGGUCUUCAAGGAUCCUGCUGCUUUAGGGGAGAAAUGAGCGACCCCUACAGGGUUCUCUUAACACUAUUGGGCCUCAGGAUAUGCCACUGCUGCCAUACGGCACUCUCAGCAGCCUGGCCUGGUCUGUGCCUGCCUUGGCACUUUCCUCACCUGCCCUGGACAAGCUGUGUGAAGCAUUGUUGGAUGCCUGGGAAGAGAUAGCCAUCCAACCCUCACUGUCCCCAAGUGAGUCUCCUAAAAGGAAAGGAUUUUGCUCGCUCUCUCUUUUUUUUUUUUUUUACAGACUUUGUUAAGUAUCAUGAAUGAUGUAUCUUUAUGUGACGUAUGUGAUGCCCCUAUUUUAUUUUAUUUUCUAUCACUAGGACUAAAAGUGAAUGAGGCCCAGGAAAACACCUCUUAGAACAAAAGGUUAGAACACCCUUUAGAACAUGUCCUUCAAUGUAAAAUGCCAAAGCUGUUCUCUGUAUUGGGUUUAAUACCUUCCUUGAACAAAGCGGUCUGGGGGUGAUGUCGUUUAUUCCUCAGAGAAGGUGGGGGAGGCUGGCCCUAUUCCCAGCUCUGGUGGAAUCAGGUUUUUCCAGAGUGACUUCCUCCUUCUGUGUGAUCCAUCACAGUUCCAAAAAUUUUAGCUCUAUUGCUGUUCAGAUGAAAGUAUGGAACCCUGUCUCAAAAGCAUGUGGCAAGAGUUUUUUAAUGAUCUUCUAUUUGUUGUGACCAUAGUCCUGCUCCCCUGCAGUGGUAUGUAUCUCCACCUCCAUCCAUCCUGUUGUCCAUCAAAUACAUAAGUAAGUAAGCAAGUAAAUAAAUAAAUAGGUAAAUAUCAUAUC